UCUGCCAAGCAAGCACAUUCGAAUUCAGAUAUUCUUCCAACUUAUGCGUAUGGUAUAUGCAGAGUCAAAACUUGCCAAACAUUUGAAUGUAGAAACCACUAGACCCUAAAGCCUCCCUAAGGCAAGAAGCUUUCCUACUCUUCUUAGUCUAUCUCUAAGCUUUGUGUAUAAAAAGAAGUUAGCAACGAGAUCAAACUCAAAGUUGUCAUCGAGCGAAGCAGAUUAGUUGAAUACAGAUAGCAAAGAAAGAGAUGGGGGCACAAGACAAUAUGAUCAUGCCUAUAAUUAGCAAGAUGUACUGUUCGUCUUCUCAGACUGUGCUUGUCAUAAGGAGGAGGCCACACGUGAUAAACGGAGGUGGUUUUGUGGUUACGGAUUGUAGUCAGAAGGUUUCUUUCAAGGUUGAUGGAUGUGGAAUUCUGGGGAAAAAGGAUGAGAUGAUUCUGAGGGACAGUGAUGGAGAUGCCUUGCUUCUUAUUCGUCGAAAGGGUGCAAUGGUCGAGGCCCUAAGCAUUUAUCGGAAAUGGAAGGGGUAUAGUUUAGACUACGAAGGAUCACAGGAUCAGAUGGUUUUCUGUUUAAAACAGCCAAACUCGUGUUUGGCAACGACUCAAGCAAUCAGAAUCUCAACGAAAGCCACGAAAAACAAAGACUGGGACUUUGAGAUCAAGGGCUAUUUUCCUGAUAAGGAUUGUAGUAUUGUUGACUCUAAGGGCAACACAAUGGCACAGAUCGGGGUGAAGAAGGAAUUGAUGGCGAGCAAGGAUCUCUACCAUGUUGUGGUGACACCAGGCAUGGAUCAAGCUUUCAUCAUUGGAGUCAUUACGAUUCUUGACUACAUCUACGGUGAAUCCACCAGGUGCUAAAUUACUUCAGAUUCUAAAGAGAAGCUUUCCUUGAUUUCACGUCGAAACAUGAUAUCUGCUACUCUGCAGCAGAGUUCAAUUUUCUGAAUUUUGGAAGCUGCUAAUCCUUCAAUUUUCAUUUUUCAUGGAUUGUUUGAUGGAUAACGUUUUAGUUGUCCCAACCUGUACUAAGUUACUAACUGGGAACUCAUUUGUUAAAGCUUUUAGAAGGUAUUUUUUGCAACUCUCUGGUUUGUAAUUGGAGAUACAUUUUUACUUUU